AUGGAAGGUGCUGCAAAAAUUAUCAAGUUCUUGGUUGUCUUCUUCAACUUCAUUUUCUUUGUAAGUAAAACUUAUUUGGUUGUUUCAACCCUUAGUUGUGUAUGUUAUAACUAUUCAUGUGCGGGUCAGUUUUUGUGUAAAUUUUAUUUUGUCUUAAAACUUUAAAAUUUUACUCAGAUGCCUUUUCAUUUUAUUUCAACCUAGGCCCAGCUCAGAUGCUAUGCUUCACAUGAGCUGAAUCAUUUUCAGUGAAUUAAGUUCAUGUGAAGUAUCAAAGCAUCUGAAACAAUUGGAAACAGCCAAUUGAAAUGGACCGCUGUUGAUUCAGAUGCCUAACUUUGCAUGCAUUAGCGGAACCAGAUGUAUAAAUUUUUAAAAUGUAUUUUCAAUGCAUGUUGACAUUUCUCAUUUUGAAUUUACAGUCAACUCCUGAUGACUCCAACCUCCCUAACUUAAACCUCGCACUAACUUAAACCAAAAUCAACUUCCCGUUGAUUUGAUGAUUCCUUCAUACAUUUACUGUACUUUUACCCUCAGUAACUUGAACCCUUGAUAACUUGAACUGCCGGCGAAAAUUGCCGCCUACUUGGUUCGUAUUGGCCGGCUACUCUGCUUGGCAUUUCUUUAUGGAUGACGUUUUUUAAGUAAAAUAUCCCUGGACUGGCCGCUUCCAUUGACAACUCAGCCAUCUACUUCAAAACUUUCUGAUCAUGACAACCCUGCUACAUGUAACUCGAAGUAACUUUUGUUUGCCUUCAGAUCAUUUCUACAUGUAUAUAAUUUUACCCUUGAAAACUCUUACCAUGUUUUAAGUGCUUGACAAGUAAAAAAAAAGCAGUGUACUGUAGUUUGAAACAUUGAAUUUAUUUCUUCUUUACUUCACUUUUUGUCAGUUCAGUUCAAAAGUGUUCAACCAUGUGAUAUUUAGUCAAGCUUUGGUGCUUAAUUCCUUUUUUUCAAAAUAUCAACAUAUCUCUUGCUACCUAUGAAGUGAAGUGUGCAUGAUACUUGCAUUCCUUCCCCAUGCCAUUUGUUUAUUUGCUUAUUUCUGGUUACUGUAAGUGACCUACACAUACAACGCCCACUUCCAAAUAGAUGCCCCUCUCUAAUUAAUGCCCUCUGUCCAAUAGGUGCCCCCUAGGAGAAUUACUCCAAACUAGUACUAAGGAUUAGCAAAAAGGGAGCCGUGUCCAGCCCUGGCCAUGAAAUCCAGAGUUUCUUACCUUUGUACUUACAGGUGUAGUUCCACACUUCUCAGAAGUGUGGAAAAGUCUGACAAAGUUAGGAUAUUGUUGCACUUUUCCCCCAGUCACAAACCCUUUGUCAUUCCUUCAAAAAGGAGUAGAAUCAUUCAAUUCAUUCAGUUUUGUGCUUGAGUAACGAGGCUGUGCACUUUUUAUCUUGCUCAAUGCCAAAUUCAAAGUAGUGAUAGACUUCCAAUGGCAACUUAAUAACCUGGAGCAAGGAUUCUGACAUCCAUAUUAGGAUUUGAAAGAGGGAUAUGGAUCCUUAGAUGGCCUGACUUAAUCAAUUGAAAGAGUGGAUAUUAUUAUUGAUAUUUUUGCCAACAGCAUAUUAGUUUUCUUGAGCUUUUCAGUUACAGUAAUGAGAAUAAACACCCCUCUCUUUAAAAUGCCUCCUAUCUAUUAAAUGCCCCUACAUGAUGUACUUGGACCCCUAAAAUCAAAUAGAUGCCCCAGACAAUUAUUAGGUCAUUCAUACUCCCAAUAACUCUUUUCUUUUUCAAUUUCCUUAGAAGGUUCAAGCUUUCCGGAGUUGACCGUAGAUAGGCUGGAAGAAAGAUUGGUGUCUAAAUAUAAUUCAGCAUGUACACCUAAAUUAAUUUUGGUUGGCCUCGAAUUUAAAUGUGAUGUCACUCAUGUGAAGUAUGGCGUCUGAACCUGGCCUUAAGGUGGCUUGACUGGAUUUUUUAGAGGGGAUACCUCCCAAGUUUGAGCAUUAACUACGUCGGCAUGAGUAAAGAUAUGGGAAAAAGUUUACCACAACUGUAUUAUAUAAAGAUGGAAAUUUCUUAUGAUGAGGGUUUUAUUGCAAUCGGAGUCGCCAUGGUAACGAAAUGACGCCAUUACCUUUUUUAUUUAUCUUUUUGUUUCUCUGUACUGGGAGGUUUUUUAAGAAAUCGCUUAAGGGAGUAUGUACCUGCUAUAAUUGCCUGAAUUAUUGCAAAGUUUGAACAAAUUCUAUGAGAACGUUUUGGAAAUACUUUGAAACAAAUUUUUAAGAAUCAUAAAAACAGUGAAAUAGCAUGCUAUCCACCCAAUUGGCUAAUAUUUUAAGAAAAUGAUAAGCUUUGGAAAUAAUUGAAUAAUGAGGAUGCUCACUUGUAAACACAAAAUCUGGGGGGAAAAUUGGUUAUAUUUGAGGCCCUAUUUAAAAGCUUCCCUGUUUUCAAUGUUCUUGAAACUUGCAGCGUAUAUUUAUUGAUGAUUGAUCUCGGGAUUGUCAAGUUUAUAAAAAAAAAUUUAUCAAACAGUUUUUUUAAUAAUGUGAAAUUUGUAGGCAUGGACCAAAUUACGCUCAAAAACUGUAACAAAAGCAGCUGAAUGCAGGUCAAUCAAAUUUGUCUAACUCGUGAUCGCCCAGAGCAAUUCCCCUCCUUUUUUGUACGCGGUUUUCAACGAAAACAAACCACUAUGAGAUGAAGCCGCGUUUCCAAAGCUUAUCAUUUUCUUAAUAUAUCAGCCAAUUGUGCGGAUAGCAUGCUAUUUCACUGUUUUUAUGAUUCUUGAAACUUUGUUUCAAAAUAUUUCCAAAACGCUCUCAUUUGUUCAAACUUUGCCAUAAUUGAGGCAAUAAUGGCAGGUACAUACUCCCUUGAGUGAUUUCUUAAAAAAACUCCCAGUACAGAGAAACAAAAAUGUAAUGUAAACGUAAUGGCGUCAUUUCGUUGCCAUGGCGACUCUGAUUGCAAUAAAACCCAGGUCAUAAGAAACUUCCACCUUUCUAUAAUACAGUUGUGGUAACCUUUUUCCCAUAUCUUUACUCAUGCGGACGUAAUUAAUGCUCAAACUUGGGAGGCAUUCCUCUCAAAAAAUCGAGUCGAGCCACCUUAAAUGUGCAUAUACAAUACCCGAGUAGGAUAAUUAAGUAUUGCAUCCUACACAAUGAGCAGUGACGUUCACCGUUUCGGCUCUCACUGCUAUCCGUGACACAAGCCAUUUAUUAGCAUAAUUAUUCCAGAUAUUUCUUUGGAAAGUAAUCGAGAGUUCCUGUGAUGCAAAUUAUUCUUUUUGCUAGAUGUGCACGUGCAUUUGAAACUUGAAAACAAUGCCAUGUAGAUUUUGCUUCUUUAAGGCUGACUAGUAUUAUGUGCCUUUGUUUGUCUACCCUGUAGGUGUUCGGCAUUGUCCUGAUUGGCGUUGGAGCAUGGACUCUUAUUAAGUUCGGUGACUAUAUCACCCUUACAGAUGAUAUCCCUUAUGCGACAGGAUCCAAAGUUACCAUUGCUGCCGGCUGCCUUAUUGCCUUAAUUUCAUUCAUGGGAUGUUGUGGAGCCUGGAAGGAAAAUAGGUGCAUGCUGGUCAUUGUAAGUUCUGAUGCUCGAGGGUAUUGCCUAUUUUGGAUUAUGCAAUUAUAAAUAUUAAUGCAAUCAAUUAAUUAAUGACUGUGAAAUAGCUAUAGAAAAUUGAAACUUUUAGACACAUGUUCAGCUGUGGGGGCGUAAAAUAGAAUUCACCACUGUCACAUUGCCCAUUCCGUGUAAUACACCUUGUUAACCCCCCAAAAUGUUGUUGCUGGUUUGCAGACGGGCUUACUGUACCAUAUAUAAAUCUGCAGGUUAUUAGGCCCCCCAUCUCAAGGAAGAAAGUUAUUGAACCCCUUCUCUCAUAUAAGCUUCCUUCCCCCCUUCUCUAUUAAGCCCCCUUCACAUUUGUGUGAAAUUAAAAACGUCCCAGGGGAGGUUAAAAGAGAAUGCAGUGGACAGAGGUUUACUUAUAUCUGUGGCACAGGUUAUGUGUAAACAAGAACACCUUGGCAGAGUUCAUUUAGUCUUGCUUGCUUGGAGAUUAGAUCGAGAAAUGAGGGGGCGAUUAAUUCUACACAAAACAGGAUUUAAUGGCUAAAGGUUUUUUACCCCCUAAUUUAUCGACAUCAAUACUUUUUAUUUGUUUCUGAAUCGAUUUAGUACGUGUGUAAGCAACCACCGGAAAUACAUCUGCAGUUGCAGGCUAUACGCAUGUAUAGAUACACAAAAACUCAAGGGCCUCAAUACCAAAGAAAUAACAUCAUUGCCAGAGAUCAAAUAAGUGAUUACAUGUGGCAUGUUAUUUCAAUAACUGCACGCUCAUCACAAGAGCCUUUUGCAUACAAUGAAAGUUUGCAACACCCGACCAUCGCAGUUUUGCUAAUUAAGAUUCUUAUUUUUUUCAACCACACAGUAGUGUUCACUUGUUCCAAAGUAAUCAGCACUUUCAAGCAAUAGAAUUUGUGGGCCAACACGUUUCGGAAAAGCUCUAAAUUUAAUCCUUCCUAGGUUUUCUUCGCAAAACAUUCAUAGCUUCCAUCACGCAACGAGUCUUACUUCCACUUUCCACAGUCUCCGCUAGGAACGCCUGGCACAAUGACCCCGAUUUGUGUAAAAAAAUACAAAGAAAAAUGCAUUGCAGAUAUGAUUAUGAGUCUUGCUGCUUACGCAAGCGAGAAUAGUUAAUGUUUUACCAUAUUAUUUUAACUGUUUCUUUAAAAUUCAUGCGGGUUGAAACCUGUACAUAUGUAACAUCCUUUUUUUCUAUCUGUAUAGUUCUUCAUCUGCCUUCUUGUUAUUCUUUCCGUGGAGAUUGCUGGUGCUGCUUUGACGUACAAACAUCGUGGAGAGGUAAGUUCUGUUUUCUGUAAUUUUCUCUUCUCACAGGUGACCCAUACUCACUAUAUCAGUGGUUGAUAAUACACGUAAGUUACUAUGAGACAAGAAGUUAUCAAAUGCCUUGUGACAAUUCCACCCUAAACUGAUUGUGUACACUGUACCUAAUGAAGUGCUUUAACUUAUUCAUAGUUUGAUGAGAAACUGGAUAAAGAAGUUGUAGAGGAACUGCAAGCACAUUAUGGAGAGAAGGGUAGUGAGGGGACUACAAAGGGCUGGGAUGCUCUGCAAAAACAGGUAAAGAAACAGUUAUACAUUUAAAGGAUCAUGGCCAAUCUUGAUAAAUUUCGCGUUGCAAACACAAAUCCUGGGAAUCUCAUGUUACACAAAAUUACUGAUAGUUGUGAAAGGCUUUUUCAAAGAUUAAUAAUAAAUUGGUCUCUGUUGGAACAGCUCAGGCCAUCUGUUGGAAAAAAAAUUAAUGUCAUCCCUUAUUUCGAACGACUCAGGCUGUUAGUAUCCGUUUGAGAAAAAUUUUCAUCCAUUCAAAUGGUUUGGGCUAUAUCCAUUUGAAAAAAUUGUCAUCUGCCGAAAGAAAAUUGUCGUCCAUUCAUACAGCUCAAGCUAUCUAAUAAUGUCGCCUGCACUGCUUUUCCAAAUUAGUUUCACCCAAGCCAUUUGCAACAAAUCUGUCCAAAAAUGUAUAUAAUUCUUCUAAGAGUUGUUGACCAUAACCUUGUGAAUUCUCACGGUACAUUUUCUGCUGAAUAGCCUUCUUUGCUUUCAUAACAUUCCAUUAUUGGUACAAGUUUUAGUCAAGACUAAGUUAUAAUAUUCCACAAAUUCUGGAACAAGUUAUCUUUUGACCUUAUUGCAUACUAAUAUCAAAUGCUUUUGGUAGUCUCUAUCUUCUGUGGAAACACACUCUCGCUGUCAAUGAACUUUGCCUGUUCAUCUUGUUUAACACCAUCAUCUUCCUUCACCAUUUCCAGGUAAACAACACUAAAAGCUAUUGCCAUGGCACAGUUCUGAAAAAAAAAGGUUCCUUGCAUCUUCACGGCAUCUUAGAUGUUAUAAACUUGAAUGCAUGUGUAUAUUUUGUCCCAUUACCUCAGCAUCUCAUGGAGCCGUACACAUUUCUUUUUAGGUAAACCUGAAAUGUCAAUGGACUCAUCCACUUCCAUAAGAAAUAACACUUAUUGACUGAAUUUGCAGGCGAACUGUGCAACCAUUUGAUGAGGAAAAACACAAAUAGGACCACUGCUGACUAGCUCUGAAUAUUUCAUCUUUUUGAGAGAAAGCCUGGCAAAAGCCUUCACCAAUCAGAGUGUGCCAUUGACAAAAGCACGAUUUCAAACCAAAAAUAAACAACCACGUUGCAUCAAAGUUGGCAAUUGGCUUUUAAGAAUACGGCUUUGAGACUACAAAGAUGAUGAAAUUGUGAGGAUUAUAACUCAGAGAAUGCUGAGGCUUAGCUUAGUGUUUGUUCAUUAUUUAUCAGAGUGGAGGAUGGGUGAGAAAAUGGGAGAGACUUGAAAUUUUAACAAAGAGGGGGGUCACUUGGGGUAAAUAUUAUUACAAUGUGUAUAUUACAUAGGGGGGCAUUAAAAUUUCAAAGAGACAAGGUCUUUAAAAAAGCAAAAAGAUACUGAAAUUCUCCCCGAACAGAAUGGGGGACCCAAAAAUCGAAUCUUAUUAAGGGGGUCACAAGAAAGGAAGAUUUGUUAAAUUCUUGACCUAUCCCCCCACUGAUAAAUAAUGAAUGGUCCCGUAGGAAAAGACCAAACUUUUCAUGAGACGAACCAGAUGGUAAUUUGGGUCGAGCUACAUGUAAGUUAAAUAGUCUGUUGGGUCAUAAAUUAUCAUGUCGAUCUAAUCAAACAUCAAACCAAUAAAUAUAUUAGAUUUAUUAGACAUCAGAUUGGGCCAGCGGAUUUUCACAAGAAAAAAAAUUGGCCGCCUUGAAUAACGAUUUGCAAUUGGUUGAAUAUGUCCGGUGUCUCAUGAGAAGAUUGAAAUUUGCCCCCGGAAUGAUCUUCAGACCUUCUGUUCAUCUUCUGCAGACAGAUAGAUUAUGCUUGUUGGUCCAAACUCAUUCAUGUGAACUUUACUGAGACAUAAAAAACUUUCAUGUUUUUAAUCCACCAGUUUGACUUGUCUCGUGAAAAGUUUGUUACUGCGUACAUUUUCUGCGCAUGCCAAGGUAGUCGCGCACGCGGACUGGUUUUGUUUCCAGUAAGUCUGUGAGGUUCUAGUUAUUUCUUGUGGAAAAAAUGCGUCGAUUUUCAACAGAUGAAAAAUAAUUUCUAUUUAUCAACCUGUAUGUCAUCAAGAGUCAAAUGCACCUUGUCAGUUCUUUGAAAACCGAAGAAGUAUGUGCAUAUUGCUAUUUCUGCCGUAUGAUCGAUCUGACCGAACAUUUUGUAGUCAAACAAAAGUCAAUUCUAAAACAUCAAAAGUUAUUGCUUCAAGAUGUUAUGCUUAGAGGUUGGGUAUUAAAAAAUCCCUUAAUAGGCAAGGAUCAGUAAAUCAGGAGGAAAAUAGCUCUGAGUCCUCUGCUUAAUCGAGAAACUGCAACUGCUUACCUUUCACUCGCGUCCUUGGCGUUUUAUCGGCUCUAAACACUUUCCCGAAUAUUUCUUUAAUUUUGUAAGAUUUUAUGUAAUUAUUCACCAGAAGAUAGAUUUAAAGCGUUCGUGUACAUACAGAUGUCCCUUUUAUUGAGAGUCCAAGGCUUUUAUUUGUUGAACAAACAAGAAAAAAACUAUCACAAGAUUGCUUGGAUUGCUGAGAUCGCAGCUUCACAAAUAGUUGCGGACUGCAAAGGAAACGCUUUCAUCAUGGAAAAAAUCGUAAAAAAUUGUUAUGCUUUUUACUAUUAUCAUUGUUAUUUAAGCAUUUUGGCAUUACUAAGCAUUAAAAUUAUUGACUCAUUGGGCAGCUUGUCGUGUAGAUAGUAUUUCUUAAGGUUCAAUCACGCCACACACAAUCUGGACAUUUAGACAUGGCUACCAUUUGGCUGUUUACAAACAGGAUGGAAGGGAAAAUAAAGUGUUUCCAUUCUAAGACUUUCUUAUGACUGUUUAACAGACACUGUUAAGUCUAAAAUGAACAUUUAGGAACGAAAAAUAGUGAAUGAUCAUGAUACAGAAUGCUACAGUAAAAAAAAAUCAAAAGUAAAUAUAUAAAAAUUGAUCAUUAUAGCCCAGUUUAUACAUGAGGGUAGAUGAACGCAUUCCGUACAACUACUUUCGCAGUAUUCAGCUUUUUUAAAAGAGAGCUCAUGUAUGGAACUUAAGUCUCUUAAGUCUAUGCAAAUCAUUUAUGUCAUAUGACACUUGUGGCAAAGCCAGAAAGAGAUAGUGCAGAGCAGAGAUAUAAGUUCAUUGAAUGUGGGCGAGUUUAAUGACAUAUUCGAUCAAGGUACCCGGUAAAAUGAUAAAAACGAUAGAAGGUUUACAAUCCAUAUUACAUCUACAAUUCAAAAAAUCUUGAAGACAUGUACAGGUAAGCAAACGAUUGAAGGAGUACCUGUCUAAGAGUCCCAGUGGACUAUUUUCUACUACAGUACAGUGGUUUGUUUACAGCACCAGCCUUGGAUCUUUAGCUCGCCAUACUUCUCUAUGUGCGCUGGAUGUAAUCUUUAAUACCUUGGAGAUUGAGCACUCUUCUCCAAAAAUUUUGUUAAAUUUUUGAGACAGAGAAGCUCCAGUUGAAUCAAAUAGUAUAAUCUGUUUUCCUUAGAGUUCAUGAAAUGUCCUGCUUCACUUUCUGUUUUUGCUGUCUCCCGUGGGUUGUUGUUCGCUCUGACUGUUAGCCAUUUUGGAUAUCCCAGAGUACUUCGCAUUGAGUGAAGCAAUAGUGAAAACUGACUGGGAAGGGGAUGGGAAAAAUUGUAAAUAACCCCCAAAGCGAUUAAGUUAAGGUCGAAACCAACCAAUUUAACUUCUAAAAAUGCGUGGUAACCCCUACUUUUUAUCUUACCAAAUGAAAGUAAUAAUCCUACUCAGCAAACAAUCAAUUUUUGGUUCGGGGAAAAUGUCGUUUACACUAUUUUUAAGGUAAACGCGUGGAGAGGGGUAACUGCUGACAACUUCCCAGUUGUGCUGAUGUUUCAAAAAAAGACUUAUAAAGAGCAGUUGUUAUGUUACCAUUUGUUGCUGAUUUUGAAACCUUGUUACAAUUAUCAUUGCAUUUGUGCCAGUUCAUGUUUGCACUCUGAAAUUUGGGGGAAAAUAACUUUUUAUCAUUUUUCUUAAAAAUGCCUGUUCAGCUUUUUUCUCCAUAUUGAAGUGCAGUUUUCUCUGAAAAAUGCAUGGUUACCCCCAGUUUUCUUUUUGGAUUUCAAUAGCCACAUAGUCAUUCUCUGGGAAAAAAUACUUCCCAUUAGUGGGCACCAUCCUUAAGUUGGUGUGUGUCAGAGAAGUGGUGCAAGAGAGUACCUAUUUGUCUAUUUUACAUUCUUUGAUUUGGUUCAGAAUUUUCUGACCAAAGGAAGGGCUUUCACUUUUUUAAUUUUAGGAAAAAUGCUGUGGCUGGAACAGCUACACUGAGUGGUUUAAAGCAAAGGUUUUCAAUGGGACGCACUAUGUUCCAGACAGUUGCUGCAAAGAGGAAAAGACGGGCUGUGGACAUGACGUUACAGAUAAUAUUAUUUACAAAGAUGUAUGUAAAGCUCUUGCCUUGUAUGAAUCUUUUUGAUUUUUAAAACAUUUGGCGGUAGGUAGGUACCAGUCACCAAGCCACAGUUAAACAAAAAGUCAAUGGGCGAUUCCAGAAAAUAUCCAUACCAUACCACGGACAGCUUUUAGGAUUUCUGAAGGGGAGGGGAGGUGGGGGGGGGGGGGGCCUUAGUAUAAUUUUUUUGCAUUUUAAAACAUGUUACGGUAGGUGGUAACAAACCCCCAAAACAAAAUUAAAAAAAAAAAUAAUGGGGGGAUUCAAAAAAAGUUCCACACCAAACCAGGAACAGUUUUUAGGUUUUUUGGGGGGGAGGGGGGGGGGGGGGGGGGGGCGCUCACGGUUAUGGAAUUCUGAGGGCAUGAGGGGAGUAUUUACGGUUGGAAAUCUGAAGGCAUGGGGGAAUUCCCCCAGGUGGGAUUUCUGGAGUAGAAAGUGUAGAGUGAGUUCCUUGAAAAUGCCAUUGUUGUGGACUUUUGUAGCUCAUAAAUAAACCACGAACGUAUGACCACAGAAGCAGAAGACAAACAUCGAUAGAUCAGACACGUGUUUACGCUCAUAACUUAUAGAAGUGAACAGUAAAAGGUGGGUUUCACAUUAACCUUGACGAAUUUCUUGUCACAUGAAUAAAAACUGAAACUGUAUCUUACCCCUUGCAAAUUUCUUGUUGCUCCCGUCCGAUGAACAGUAAAAAACUCGCACCAGUCCCUCGCUUCCAAGGAACGCCUGUCAGAUUAUUAAGCAUUCGGACCACCGACCGCCGAAAGAUUUUAACAGUCUGAAUUUGAGCUAUUUUGCUUUGUAACUGUCAAAACAGCACAAGAAAACAAAGAGGAUUAAAAUUACCGUAAGUGGUGUUUAUUUUUAUAGCCAAAUUCGGACUUAAAAGGGAGUUUGCACAGCCUGGCCACUAGCGGUAGGUUUUUCUUGUCACUGAAGAGUAAAGCUUGUCGCCUGGCGCCGCUAGAUCACAGCCUUGAGGACGCAUAAAUUCAUGUUCGUUUGUUCAUAUAGGCGUUGCUAAGUCGAAAAUGUACUUCCAAAAAGAAACGGAAAUUCUGAAGGGGAGGGGGGGUUCAUGAUUAUGGAAUUCUGAGGGCAUGGAGGGGUAACGCAUUUUGGAAUUUCCGAAGGCAAGGGGGGGGUUAAAACAUGGAGGCUGUCGGUGGUUGGGUAUGGAUAUUUCCUGGAAUUGCCCAUUUACCUUGGUAAUUUAAAUUAAUUUUAACAGUGAAAGAGUGCAUGACGACACUCACUCCUAGACUGACUCAUAUCACUUGUAAGAGGAUGAAUUCCAUCAUCUUAAUUUCUGAAUCUGUGGAUGAAAUCCUAUGGUGUUACUAUUCAAAGGAAACGCCUGUGGUUGAAUUCUAGCAUUAAUAGAGGAUAUUACAUGGCCAAGUGGAGAUAUGAAGUUUCUCUUUGAGUGUUGAAAAAUAUUUCACAAGGGAGUGCAGUGAAUGAGUGAAAUAUUUUUUACAAGAAGAGAAAUUUCAUAUCUUUAAGCGGCCUUUUGAUGUUCUGUUUAUUAUAUAAACACCCGUGCAAUACCAAACCUUUUCACAUUAAUAGUUUUUUGCUGUAAAGGUGCGAUUUAUUGUGUAGCCAUAGCAAGCAUGAUCUUUCACAUGUGAAGAUAACAUGUUAUUUUUACAUGUGAAGAUAACAUGUUUUCGCAGGAAAGCUCAUCUGGUAUUUUACUGGAGGUAAUCAUUGAUUAGGGAUCCGCUUUCGUCACUUACAGAAAAAUUACGGAAAGGAAAUCGAGUCAAAAGGAGUCCAGUUUCCCGGCUGAGGUGCUCCUGAUAAAAUUAAAAGGGGCUGCUAAUUUGCAGUCGCCUGUGAGAGCUCGAAAAUUUCUGCCUUAGUGCCACAGGAACACCAGAUUAUGAUGUGUCCUGACAAACGGAACUAUUAUUUUAUAUGAUAAUAUAGCAGCAAUAGUCUUUAAUCAGUAACUUUGAUCUCAUCUAAAAUUUCCCUUUGCCGUAUAUCAAACAAACCUGAGGAUAUUGAAAAAGAAUCUUCUAGUUUAUCAGCAAGCAUUUUGAGCCCCUUUUCCAUUGGCAUCUCUCAAUUCAAUUUUCAUUUCCCCAUAAUACAGUUUGUAUGCACUCCUUAAGAAAUAUUAAUAAACUUAACCCAUUUGUGCUGCGGAAAUUGUGCUGAAAGUGCCUGUUUGAAGCUAGUCACAGACAAGCUGUUUUCUGGUCACUGUCUGGCUUAUAGGCACCAAAACUGCCCAAAACACUGUUUAUAAAUGAGAACCACUUAUGCUGACUUCGGCUCCUAAUCCUAAAUAUCAGCUCCUUAAGCGUGGGCAUGUGUUGAAGGCAAAAUCUUGAGAUACAGUGCAGGCCAGAACGAAGUGAACAACGAAGAUGCGAAACUGAUGCAAUGGACGCAUCAGGUGGGAUGAGGGUACGCAUACGUACAUGUAGCUUUGGGGUUUACAAAGGACACUGCCCUUUGACUUAAACCACUGGCUUUCUCUCUUCCCUGCUCGUUUAGCUUUUCUUUCACAAUUUUCAUUUCUUUUGCUAGACAUGCCUUUACUAGGCCAAAUUUUCUUUGAGAAAUGUGGUGAAAAUUGCAGGCAGUUUAGGCGUGAAUGGGUUAAUAAUAAACAAUGAUUGGCUGAGGUUUUUGUGAUAUCUGGAAUAAUCAAGGUCAAGGUAAGCGUUAUCAGCCAAGCCAAAGGCCGCAGCUGAUAACACUUACCGAAACCUUGAUUAUUUAGGAUAUCACAAAAACGGAAUCUAAUAAUUGUUUUAUUAUACAUGUUUUUGAAGAAAAUAACAACAAACACACCAUCGCAAGAACCUGAAUUGAUAUUGUUAUUGGAAAACAUGCAUUAAGCUUGCAAACCACAGAUUAGUCAGUUGUCUGCUAGCAGAUAACUAACUAUCUGCAGGUUGCGCUGAUUUCCAAUAUUAACUGUAGGCUCUUAGCCAAUGAGAAGACAGAUAGUGAGUACAAUGUAUAAUAAUAAAAAUUAUCACCUGACUGUAUGUAAUAAUUUGAAAGGAAAUACUCGCAGCUUAAUAUAAAUUGAAUUAUUUCCCUCUUUGAAAAUCAUCCCCUAUUUUGGUAGCCUGAUUCUCAGACGUCCGAGGUCGUUCGCGGUCCCUUUCGCUGAGAGGGAGGGAAGCGAAAGGGACCGCGAACGACCUCGGACGUCUGAGAAUCAGGCUACUAUUUUGGGUGAUGUGACUUUAACAGUUAAUAGAUUAUUAUACUGUGCAAGUUAAUUGUACAUUUUGUCUGUAUAAUCAUUUCAGCCCUGCAAAGAGAAGAUAGAAAAACUUAUGUACUAUGUUGGUGCUGUUGGCAUUACAAUUGUCGUUAUUCAGGUAAACUUAUAACAGUAAAGUGAUGUUUGCUGUUUAACCAUUAGAAGGUUAUAAAUUUAAUGCUCUUAAAUGUGAUUUAUAUCAACAAAGAGCGCUGCCUUGUGUUAUUAGUCAGUCACCAGUCUGUCUGCUUGGUAGCAUUGAUGGCAGCCACUGCAUUCGAUUUACCUUCUGGAUCUUGCAGUUACCCAUUUGCCCUCAUCCUUCCCAACCUUUAUCUCUCCCCCCCCCCCCCCCCCCCCCCCCCCCUCCCCUUUUCUUUUUCCCUUUUUCGUUUUGAUCUCUGUUUUUUUUUUUUGUUUUUGUUUUUUUUUUGUGGUCUUAUUUCAAUGGGCAACCACCCAACAAAACAUGAUAGGCACUGUGUCCAGGAGUACAUACUUAAGUAUAUAAAUAUUUUUAAUCUUAAAAUGCUUAUUAAAAAGAAGAAGAUGAGUUGUCUUUUGUUUUUAUAUAAUCAAACUAGUAUUCUUUUAUGACUAAUUACGAACUCACUAUUUUUUAAUUAACAUUUAAUACCCUAAAAACCCCCAUUACCCAACAUCUCAAUAAAUUUUUAAAUCCCCCCCCCCCCCCCCCCAAUGUUCUUUUUUCUGUUGAUUAGUCAGUGUGAGAAAUGCCUGGUUUUAAUGUUGGAGCUCAUUGCUUGGAGGUGUAGAUUCACCAGCCAUGGGGACAAAACUCUAUCCAGGGACUGGCUGACUGACUGUGCCAUAAAGUGAAAGCCUUUGAAACUCUUAAAUUACAAUAUGAGACAACCAAUAGUACUAAAACUGAGGCACUUUUUCUCCUUACAAGGGUACAUGGAAACAUGUACGAGCAACAUAUACGGUAGGGGUAAGCUUGCAAGCAGGCUCUCUGGGGUACUUAGGAGACAGUGUAGCCUGUGUAGCAGGCGCUUGGAAGUAGUGGGCGCAAGAAAGAACGGGCACGUGAGAGAGAGACACGCAAUGUGAGAGGGACUACUACUUCCAAGUGCCUGCUAUGCAGGCUAGAGACACCGUGGCUGAGUGGUCCGUGCCUCAGAUUCACAAUCUGGCAGUCCUGGGUUCAAGUCCUGCUCUGGCCUCUUGCUGGAUUUGUUCUCAGUCAUACCGACCAUAGCGAGUUCAAGUCCUCGGCCACGCUUGUAAAUAGCCUGUUGGUUGUCUCCUACCAGUUGGGUUUUUAAAUCCUGUGAUGUUGUAUUUGAAUCAUUUGUUUCUGAUUAAUUGAGUGGAGUGCCUGUAAACUAGCUGGAUAAGUUAAGUGCACUUUCCACUAUAAGCAACUCUUUUAAACCUGGCGGCGGGAUGAAAAAGGACCCCCCAGGAGAGCUUGCUCGCAGGCUAACUGUGGGGAAUACCCUUCAAUGGGCCAGUAUGCUAUCCAGGAGGGAGUUACAAAACUUCCAGGUGCCUCUUAAUUCCGAAACAUGGAUAAAUGUUCGCUCCUUCCCCUCUAAAAAUGUAGCAGAGUUCUCUCAUUGGAGAGAGAAGUGAGAGGAAGGAGAGAAGCAGGCCGCCGAUGAAUUCUCUUAUGUAGCUGAUGACCAGAUUUGUGGUCCAAACUGACUGUUUUGCAAAACUGGUUUCAUUUAAUGUGGAAUGCGCAUGGCCGGUUGAGACUGUGCGUCAGAAAUUUCUGAGCCCGAAGUUGUUAUCGCACAAACCGCAUCUGUAAGUUGCGUUGCAUGUGACUAAAACGUUAAUGGUUGUUAAGGAAACCCCCGAGUCUGCGUGAUGUGGAAAUGCAUCAUGGGCCGGCAGAGGUCUCUGUCUUAAUUUCCUUUUUUUGGAGGGGUUUGGGGGGGCUAUCGUGGCAUCACAGCAGUAUUCCGCUUUUUUGCUCUCUUCCUAAUUUUCUCGAAGAACUCUUGCGAAAACGCAGCAGUAAACCACUUAAUCUAACAUAUUAGUAAUAAUUGCAAAUUAGGGGAGUGUGUUCGAUGGCAAGGGGGUGGGGUGGGUAGUGAGUGGUAGUGGUAACGGGGUGCAAACCGUGAUGAGCUUGUAAGAUUGAGAAAUCAAAGUCAAACACUUUUAUCAAUAUGAAUAUCAGCAGCUGUCUUUAUCAGUGUCAUUGCUUAUCCUCCCACUUUGCAAUUCGUUACUAUUUCAGUUUUUCUCGAAAAGGCGAGAGCGUCCUGUAUUUUUUUACAUUUACUUGGCUUGGCCUAGUUAAGUGCAUUUAAGUAACAGCAGGUCAAACACUGCCUAUAAUCCUCAAGAUAUUCUUUUGUACUGUAAGAUGUCAUUAAAGUUGGCUAAAAAUUGGGCUACAGAAGAUGAAAGUAAUCUGAAAAGUUCAUUGACUGAUUAAGGUGUCAAAGCGUCCUGUAAGACUUCAACCCUUGUUGCGUGACACUGCGCUAACACAACUCGCCUACUUUUUCAAAUACAACGCAUCCGGAAUUAGUGAGAUGACAAGGUCAACGUUUCACCGUACGACUUCUUGUAUAUUUUUCAAAAAUGGUGACCAAAAAAAACCCUAAUAAAACCAUGAAAUCGCAUGGCAUCCAGAACGCUAACCUCGGGAUCCCCGGGGGACUCGAAUAGUAACCUUUCUCCUUCGUCAAACGCAAUAAGCCAUUGUGUUUAAGGCUGCCGAUAAUGCUUGAAUGUUUUAAUGUAAAUCUGUGUUUUUAUUUAUCUUUAGGUCCUUGGGAUGAUUUUCGCUCUUGUCUUGAUCUGCAAGAUUGGCAAAGAUGGGACCUAUGCUUGAAAAACUACUUUAUUUGACUGUCUGAUGAAUCACAAGUAUUAGGCAGGCUGAGCAUUAUAUAAAGAACAAUUAGUUUUGUCAAUAGGCUCUCUUGUUUAAAGUAAUGUGUUCCUUUUGUAUGCCCUUAGUUUCACACUAGUUUAUUACCUGUGACUUAAGCUUGGAAUAGUUUUGUCAUAAUUAAAUAAAUUAUGCGCGUGUCUCGUCAACCCUUUAAGCCCUAAGAGUGAUCAGCAUCAAACUUCUCCUUGUAAUAACAAUGCUUUGUAAAACAGAGUGGUCUUGAGAAUUACGUACAUGAUCACACAAGAUGAAUUUGCAUGAUAUUUUAUCAACCUCUCCCCUCUACUUCUGUAGGAAAUGAAUAGGGGCUUCAAAUGAGAAUUCAAAUUUUGAUCUUAGGGUUUAAAGGGUUAACAGGUAGACAGCAUUUGCCCACUUUGCUGGUCAAGGUUAAUGAGACAUGACCAUAAUUUAGUAGCCUUUCGUUGAGCCUCUGUAUGGUUGUUUCGUAGGAAAUCGUAGUCGGUUAAAGCGACGAUCGAAUUGCCUUUCCAAUCAAGUUUGACAAAGUUAGUCGUGUGUGAUGAAGGCAAAGAAAUCUGCCAAAAAGUGUGCUGCACACGUCCGUUCAGAGUUUUUGUUUUGCUUAUUUAAUUUAAUUUUUUUUUUCUCGAUUCUGUCGUCGUUGUGGUUGCGCUAAGCUCGUUAGUAGGGUUACCACGCAAAUCAAUUCUUGACAUGUGACGAUCUCGCCUCAAAACCGACGAUUUGGUGAAGACGAAAUCGACGUCCUCAGGUACAUGUACCCAUACGGAGGCUCGUAGUUCAUGCAUCUUGGUAUCUUCUGUUUAUUUUAUUUUAUUUGUCCUUUAAUUCCUAACCUCUGAAUGAAGUUCGGUUACUCGGGAAUAAUUUGAUCUUGGUAUUAAAGGAGAUUUUAGUAACCAUCUGCACAGUUUAAAGAAAAACUUUGCUUUUAUCUCGAUGCACGUGCAGAUGACCCGUUUUACGUUCAAAUAUACCCAUUUAAUCAGCGAUGCUUGCAGACAAUAAUUAUCUUACCCAGUCAAAUUUGUCGAAUUCCGAGAGGGGACAAGACACUUUAAUUUGUAAUCGUGCUUUAAUAGGUUAAACAAUAACGUAUUUAGUAUUUCUAUAUUAUCUUGGGGUAAAGUUAAUAUCAGGAGCUCUCACUUCAUUAACCAUAGAGUGUAGAUGAUGAAGUUGUGACAUUUUUAUUCAAUUUUUCUAACUGGAUUUGUAUAGUCAAGGGUAAUUUGAGCUGGAUUUAUAAUAAAAGACUAAUUGUAAGCCUUUUUGCACUGGAUCUAUUAAGUCAUUAAAAUUAGAAGGGUUUUUUUAAACGUUAGCCUGCGUAGCAGGCGCUUGGCCUGGAAGUAGUAGUGGGCGCAAGAAAAAACGGGUGUGCGAGAAGGAGACACGCGAGGGGAGAGGGAGCUCCCUCAUUCCUCGCGUGUCCCCCUCGCGCGCGUCCGUUCUCUCUUGCGUUCACUACUUCCAAGCGCCUGCUACGCAGGCUAUUUAAACGUUCGUGUCCAUUCCUUAAACUGGUAUUCUUUAUGUGUAAGGGCACCUGAUGGGAUGUCUUCUCAAUAUACAUACCUGCAGACAGGGAAAAGUCUGAAUUAGGCCCGUUUCGAGGGAGAUGACCAGCCUAGUCGGGUUUUUGGAGAUGGUAAGGUCAGCCCUCUAUCCCGGCCAACUUUUCUCCAUCUGAACACUUUGGCUCUCCCAACCGGCUGUACUCGGUGAAGACAAGGCAAUCAGAGCAUGCGUUGCGCGAGCGCCGUUGCUACAACCCCGGACAAAACCUGUUGAGACAAAUCGCGAAAAUGCCUAUUUUUUCCUGUCAUCACGGCAAAAACUGAAACCUCCGCCAAAUGAAUGCCCGAUUUCCCCCCUCCCCUUAUCCAAAGUUGUUUAGGAUAGCAUGGCAAUUAUACACGUUGGUUUUUAGACCAAGACAACUUUGAAUAGGGGGUGGGGAGGGGGUUUACUUUUUGUGUUUAGGGGAGACAGGAGUAGGGCGCAAAAGUUAGAAAAUAGGUGGAAUUGUCUGAACAGUUUUAUUUGGGGUUGUAGCUCUUGGUUCGGGCAAUGAUGUCUUAUAAGCGCUCGCUUAAGUUGACUCUGCUGGGAGGAUGACCCCCCUUUCCCAAGACAACUUGUCCCUUCUAGCCAAGCCAAUCAUAAUACGUGUCUGGGAAACUGCCCACCUACCCCUCACCUAAGCCAACAUUUUGCGCUAAGUGAGAAGUAAGUGCUAAUGUUGGCUUAGGGAAGGGGUAGGUGGGCAGUUUCGCAGAAAUGUAUAAUGAUGCGCCAAUGUUAACGGUGCGCCAAGUUUUAAUUGGAAAGAAACGUAGGAAAUGUUGACUCGUUCAUGGUAGCUCGGAUAGGCAAGUGACCCCCUUCACGAGGGCCUGAGUGGGGUGGUAGCUUUGACGGUUGACGGUUAAUUUUUCCAAUUUUGACGGUUGACGGUUAUUAAGUAGAAAUUUAGCCCAAGAAUUAAAGCAAAUAUGAAUUUCUGUAUAACUCAAUAUUAACUUUCGGGUCUUGAAGGUUGUCUUGGCCUUUCGCUUUUAAGAUUUCGAAAUAUUUUCAGAUAUAAGCAAGUUGUAAGUCUAGAGAGUGUGUUUUUUUGGACAACAUGGAAACUGACUUUUUCAGUUUAGAGAUCCCUCAGGAGCCCUAAGUCCGUGAAGAUCAGCUGGAAUAGUGAAAUUUGAGAUCCCUUAUGACUUUUUGACGGUUAAUAUUAAUCUGCAUUUAUGACGGUUGACGGUAAAAUAUAACUUUUUUUUGAAGGUUGACGUUAAAAUUUUAGGUCGUUUGACGGCUGGCGGUUUACACUGGGGUGGGGGACCCCAGGUAGGUGAGGUAACCCGGUUAGGUGGGGUUACCUCACCUACCUCCUUACCUCCUCUACCUGGAACAAGUUUUCUCGGGGCCUUAGGGCCUGUUUACACGGGGUGGGGCACCCCAGGUAGGUGAGGUAACCCGCUUUUCCAUAUAAUCUCUCAUUUUAAUUUGAUCACGUUUACAUGAGAGGUGGUUGACCCCGCCACAUGUUACCUCACCUACCUGGAGUCCCCCACCUCCAUGUAAACAGGCCCUAAGAAGAGAGGCCCUUUAAGAGGGAUGAGAGGAACCUUUGUCCCAAGUGUGAAUUUUAAAACCACUUGUUUCACGUAUUGAGAAGAUGGUUUUCUUGUCCGAUAUUUUACGUUUAUAUUUGUCUCUGUUUUGUUUGUCGCCUUUUCCCCUAGCCAUGUCGCUUGUCGGCAUUCACCUCAAAAGGGCCGCCUCAGAACAGCGUACCCCUUGAGCUUGCGGUCCUCCGGGAACGAACAUUUUUAGCGUAUAGCGUGCGUACAUGGAAAGGCCGGUCAUUCUUGCAAAUUUACAAAAAGCCGACCUUUCCUUUUCUCUCGCUCUCUCCCUGAUCUGUACGGGUGAAACGUUCUGAGGUACUGAGUGAUGACGUCACAGUUAUAGUUGAGAUCAAAGAAUGCGAGGGGACGGGUUUUUCGUCAAGUAAGCAUAGAUUUUCACAACCUGUUUCAAUUUAUGGGAGGAAAGAAAAAAUGGUGCCCUCGUAAUCCUUACGCGAGUGGUAUUUUCUAUGAAGGCUCGGCACUCUGUUGUACAGCCAUUGAAUGCUACUGGUUGUCUGUGUUUGGUCACUAUACUUUGCAUCUACUGGCAAAUCGGGCAUAAAAUCGCUGCAAACUGUGCAACAAGAAAAUUCCAACAGUGUAACUUGAACCCUAGAAGCUGCAUCACUAAACAACGUUGCCUAUAGCCUGCGUAGCAAGCGUUUCUGUGCGGUCUAUGAGCAAAGAAAGAGGAACGAGAGUCAACGACCGCGCGAAAAAUGGCCCAAGUAAAAGAGCGGGAAGGUUUCCUUCCUUCCCCUCCCCCUCCCCUCUCUUUCAUUUUUUAGCUGUCGUUCCAUUUCUCGCGCGGUAAAAGCCAAAAAUCCCCCUCCUCGGUCUUUUGUGCUCCGAAACCAAAUGGAAACGCUUGCUACGCAGGCUACGUUGCCUAUUCUUCUUAAACAUGAGGAUAAUUAAUGUCAUUCGCCAACUGAGUAAACGCAAACGUAGACAGAUACAACUUUAAUUUUCAGGAAAUUGUAAUUGAACUGUACAUUAGUUUUGUUUACGGAAGUAUGAUGUAACUUUAUAUAAUUCGCGACCACUUCGCGUGACAUGAAAGAAUUUAAAAUUCAUGACAUCAUCCACGUGCACUCAUAAUCGCUCUAUAUAAAACAUUACAAAAUGUGUUUAAAUAUAGAGAGAAGCGCAUGGUUUCAAAGCUGUAAAAGCGAAGUUGUAAAAUCUUAAGCAAGUUUAAAAGUUUUAGGUUGACAGAAUCGAUCCUUUGGGGGUCAAAUAAAUCCUAGGGGUUUAAUUCCAAUUUUCCGACCAGCAUAGCCUUCGGGUUCCCCUCCCGCCGCGCCUUUAAGGGCCCUCAUUUUCUUCUAAUAGCGUGACUGUGAAAAUAGCGUAAAAUAGCUCGACCAUAACGACAUUUGCGUGAUCUGUCUUAGUCAGACGCCAAUAUUAUCGGUCAGGUGAUGGCUUUAGAUCAAUUUCGAGCAGUUCCGCUUUAGACAAUCACUUUCUCUUCUUCAUCGUGCUACCUUAUGUUUUAUUAAAUCGAAGUUCCUUGGAUUAAUUUUGGGUAAGGUGAGUAAUUUUACACUGGUUAUUCAGCUUGACAUACCCAUAGAUAAAUCCAGGAUAAUUAUUUUGUCGAAGUUCCACUCGUACACCACACAUUACCGUUUAAAGAAUUUGAUGGCCUCGGUACACAGAACUAUCGCCACUGUCUUGAGUACAUGUAGGAUGCAUGGUGUAGAAUUUAUGGUGAUGAAAAGAGUUUACUUGUUAUGACCAUCUGGUUCUUUUAAACCUUUAUUAUUUUCUCGUAAGCAUCGGAAAUGUCUACAUUUGCGGGUACACUUCCUUGUACGUUUCUGCGCGAUCAUGGUCGCUAUUUCGUUAAAAAUACGCUCAUUAAAGGGGUUGUUAGCACUGAUUCCCUAGCCUGAAUAAUACGCCGAUCACGGUGGGUCAUUCGUCGUCCAAAAUCAAAACGAAUGAGUGUUUCAUAUUUGAAACAGGAAUCAAACAUCAAACGAAUGUUCAUUUGCAAAUGACUUGUGUUCUUUAAUGUCUGGGUCAUCAUUCAUAGCGGGGAUUCAUCGCUUUCUGCGCCAA